AUGAAUCCUGUUCCGUGUGACUGGGUGUUGUACACCACCCAUAUCGCCAGUGAAUACGUCUAUGCCCAAUUCUGUGCAAUCAUCGCAGGAAUGCCGAAUGUCCUUCCACCACUGGAGCUUGAUUUUCCGAUGCUAGCGGCAUGCUCCCACAUUGCUAGCAAGCUUGCCGAUGCCUAUCACAAUCCAGUUGCUAUUAACUUUGAUAUGGCACGGUAUGCAGACCUACUUCAUGCCAUGGAAAAGGAUGCUCUCAUAUUUCUGGAUCGGCCAGCGGUGGUCUGUGAUAAGUAUGGAAUCAUUGUACUCUGGUACCUCCCUGGUGCCAUUGAUCCCUUAAUACAGUCCGACAUGAUGUCCACUGCUGAAAAGAUGUCAUCUCAGCUGGCUAAAAGUGUCACCCAGGGACCAGAAACCAAUGAUAAAUGGAGGACACAUGAAUCUAAUUUCCAUCCCAGUGAACACAGCAUUAUGCCGGGCUGUAUUAAUCUAUCUCCUGCAUGGUUUUUGCAAGCCCAUCCGGCUCUGAAGUUCCAUCCCGAGGUCUUGGCGACUCUCAAGGGAGAUGUGGCAUUGAGAGUCAUGCACCCGACCCUUUACUGGUCAUCAUUGGGCACGGCGCUGGCCCUUGGCCUCUGGGCGGCUGACAAUCAAUUGGACGAAAUGGGGGAGUGUCUCAGAGACUGGGCAUCGGUAUUCACCGCUCUUGCUGUAAUAUGCAACCGGCGUUCACCCUUACAUCGGGAUCCAAUUUCCCGGUCCCAAUGGUUCGACGGCAUGACCAGUGUCGGCACUUACGGCAUGGGGAGGAUGAAGAUGCCUAAUAUUGGCAUUGAGAUAGUAUAUGAUAGCGGCGUGAUGUUGGCUGUUUCUGGAAGAAUAGUGAGGCAUGGCAUGGAUGAGGUAAAUGGUGACUGA